AAUUAUGAUAGACUUUACUCGCAACGGGCAGGAACUUUUGCAGAGCGUUGAUGUUUCCAGCGGACCGUAUUUGGUGACGCAUUCGAGGUCCGCUCACGACGCAGUGAAGUGAUCGGUUUGUUUUCGUCGUUGAGAGUCGAUCAGACCGAGUUAACUUCACCAUGUCGAUAUUUACACCGACUAAUCAGAUCCGGCUGACUAACGUGGCGGUGGUGAGGAUGAAGAAAGGCGGGAAACGCUUUGAAAUCGCCUGUUAUAAGAAUAAAGUCAUGAGCUGGAGGACCGGAGCGUGAGUAACACACCCUCUAAUGACUAUUAUUAUUAUUAUCAUUAUUAUUAUUAUUAUCAUUAUUACACUCUGAUAUAGGUCAGGAUUCAGUUAGUGUUAAUGUUGUUGUCCUGUAAACGUCCAGUGAAGUCCAGCAUCUCUCUCUCUCUCUCUCUCCCUCUCCCUCCCUCUCUCUCUCUCCCUCUCUCUCUGACUGUCUCUCUAUUGUGUUCCUGUUCAGGGAGAAAGACCUGGACGAGGUUUUACAGACGAACUCAGUCUUCAUAAAUGUGUCCAAAGGUCAGACGGCAAAGAAGGAGGACUUGUCGAAAGCUUUUGGGACGGAGGAUCUGACAGAAAUCUGCAAACAGGUGAAGAAGAGUUCCUCAUUUAGGGGAGACCGGGGUAGGUUGAGCCAAAGGGUCAGGUGGACUUAGUCCUGAUGGUCUGGGGGAUCACUAGAGUCCAUGUCAUGGGUAUCUUCCUCGUCUGUGAAGGCUUCAUUAAUGCUGAACUAUAUCUACAGGUUCAGGACCAUCAGGACUCUGUAGUUGGAGUCACUGCAUGGUCUUAAUAUCACUUAUCCACGAACUGUCCUGAGGUCUGAUGGAUCAACACUCUUUUAGAAAGGACAACUGGACUUACAACAAAGAACUAGAAAUCAUAGAUGCUGCAUUCUCGGUUUUAAACAAUAGGGGAGGGUGGGGUAAGUUGGGCCACCACCUGUUUCUUGAAAAUGGUCAAAGAAAUUGAUCAUGUGACCAAAUAUUUAGGAGAUGGGCAUCAAUUCAUGGAGUCUGUGAAGGUUAGAAGCACAUGGGUGAAGGGGUUAGACAUUUAAAGUGAAUUUAGUCUUUAGUCAUCAGUUUGAUUAAAAUUGUGUUCAGACCAAAAAAGAUCAUUUAAAUUAGUUUUAUACAUCAAUUGUGGUAUCUAUGAGCUACAACAUGAGGUCAACAACAUAACAAGUCCACCAUUUUAGUUUAGAGGACUAAUAAAGUCAUCAUAGUAGUUCAGGGGUAACUGAGAAAGUAAUAAAAAAUAAUAAUAAUAAAAACUUUAUUUUUACAGCACUUUUAAAAACAGAAGUUUACAAAGUGCUUUGACAUAUAGUCAUAAAGCACAUGGAAAAAGACAUAAAAACAAAAAGCUCAGUUAAAACAGAAUUGAAGACCAUUUUCAUUUUUCAUAAGGAACCCAGACAAUACAAGAACCAGAGGAAAGAAAGAGGGAUACGGCUCAACUUACCCCACUGCUAUGGUCAACUUACCCCAUACACGGGGUAAGUUGACCAUAGGAGACCCCUUUGUUUUUGUCCUGCUAUAUUAUCAAGAUGACAGUUCUGUUUACACUCAUUCUGAUGAAGAACAUCCUGAAAUAUCUGCAGAUACACGAGUUAUAGACAAAACUAGGACUGACUUGAUGGACUGAUCCAAAUAUGAAACAUGGAUCAUCUUACCCCGCUCUCCCCUACAGUCUCAUCAUCCUGAUCAGGUUCCCCUGCUGUCUGACACUUCUUCUCUCUCUGUUUUACGUGGACAGAUUCUGUCCAAAGGAGAGCUGCAGGUAUCAGACAAGGAGCGGCAGUGUCAGCUGGAGACCAUGUUCAGAGACAUCGCGACCAUCGUGGCAGAUAUGUGCGUCAACCCAGACACCAAGAGGCCGUACACAGUCAACCUGAUAGAGCGAGCCAUGAAGGACAUCCACUACUCUGUGAAGCCCAACAAGAGCACCAAACAGCAGGUGAGGAGAUGGAGACGUCUCUCCUUUCAUUAUUAACACCACAAAGCAGCUUUACAGAUGAGAGUGGAUUAUAAAGUCACCAUUUCUUAUUAGUUAGACACUAUAAUAAUAAUAUAUAGAUGACCAUUAUCCAUGUAGUAACUGUCCUCCUGCUGCAUUUUAAGAUUUAUUUUAACUAACCACACUGUCCUCAGUCGAUUGAUUUAAUAUUUGUGAAUACAGCAGAUCUUAUAAACUUUCAUUGAACCUCUUAUUGAUCCACUCUGUCACCUGAUUUAAAUUCAAAAUAUACACUUUGUGCCUGAGAAAUUAUACCUUAAAAUAUACUUUACAUUUGCUGAUACCAUGAAAUGAUCAAUUAUGAUCAGAGUUUAAGACUUAAUUCAAUGUUACCAUCAUCUUAUUGGUCACCCUGUGUCCAGUUACAAAUAAUACAAAUCACAAAACUAACUUGUAGUUAGCAAAGAUUCGUGGAAAAUGAAUCAAAGUAAAAGUUAAAAAAAAAAUUCUGGAUAGUAAAAGUAGUUAAAAUAUAAAAGCUUAACUAAAGUGCAGAUACUGAUUUCAGUAUUUAUAAAAAAAAAAAAGUUCUUUCCUGGAAUCAGAACUUUUGUCAAGAGGUAGUUUUGAAGUUAUCAGUCGUACCUUACAGCUCCACUACCAUUCAACUGUUUUCUGCUAAAAAACACAAAACUACAUUUACCAUAAACUCAGAAACCUGCAUCGUUGAGUGUUGGCUCAAUAUUAACUCCUUAAAUGAAACAGAAUGUCGUUUGAACUUGUCAGAGGGAGUUAUUUUGGUUUCAGUUGAAAUGCACGUCAGUUCUGGAUAUAUGAAACCUGCGUUGUCGGUCUUCAGGCUCUGGAGGUGAUCCGGCAGCUGAAGGAGACCAUGCAGAUCCAGAGAGCUCACAUGAGGCUGAGACUGGUGCUGCCUGCUAAGGAGGCCAAGAGGCUGAAGGAGAAGCUGAAGCCGCUGCUGCAGGUCGUGGAGAGUGAAGAUUUUGAUGAGAAUCUGGAAAUGGUGAGGAGGGUCUAACACCAGUACUCCUGACACUCUCAGUUCUCCUCUUCCUGCCUGAUUUGACUCUCUCUCUUCCUCUCUGUAUUCAUCUCUUGUCCUCACCACUGUUCCUCUCCUCGUCUUCAGAUGUGUCUGAUCGAUCCCGGCUUCUACAGAGAGAUCGAUGAGCUGAUCCGCUGUGAGACUAAAGGCCGAGGUUCUCUGGAGGUUCUCAGUCUGAAGGACGUGGAGGAGGGAGAUGAGAAACUAUAAUCACCCAAACAUUCAGGACUCUGCACCUUAUCUACACUAACAGGCUUCGCUGGAGCACAUAAGACUCUUUAAAAACAUCAAUAUAUAUGUAAAGAUUCAUGCAAACAGUCCAGCAUCUUUACGAGUGAAGAGUUUAUUAACCUUUUAUUUUCAGGUUUGUGGUCCGGACAGUGAUGGGGGUUUAGGACACAGUCUGAGCAUGUAAAAGCUAAAGUGUCAGUAUGUGGACUUCAUUCUGGACCACUGACCUGAACCCUAACCCUGCGUGCCAUGAAGUCAUGCUCGAUCCCAAUUCAAGAGAAAAGUUCUUUUAACUGAUAAUUUAUAUUUUUCAUAAUGACUUACUUUGCUCUGUUGCAAAUAAAUAUUUAAAGAAA